AUGCCGCUCCUCCAAUCGUCUCAUCUAUACACUCGUUUGAGGGAUACAAUUCCAGCUGUCAUGCCAUGGAAACAAUCAGGCUCUACAACGAAAGGUGACCCACGGAAAAGCGUCAAGUGGAUCGAUGGCCUUAGAGGAAUUGCUUCAUUUCUAGUCGUCUUGACACAUCUAGCUCGUGCUUGGGACUAUGACCUCUUCUCACCCCGCGACAAUGAAAACGCAACGCCCCGGAUGUUACAAUGGCCAAUCCUUCGUAUUCCUUGGCAAGGUCGUAUCGGUGUGACAAUAUUCGCUUUCCUGACCGGUUAUGUCUGUGCCCUAAAACCACUCAAACAAUCACGGGCUGGCGAUACCAUGGCGGCAUUUACAACAAUUGCAAAAAGCGCUUUCCGCAGGCCUCCGCGCUUGAUAUUCCCUGCUACUAUUGCUUUAUUUAUCUCGUGGUUAGCUGCUCAGUUUGGGGCUUUUGUCGUUGCCAAUCGGUCUGAUUGCUGGUGGUGUAGAUAUGCUGCUCCUGAGGUAGAGGACUCGCUCUGGAAGGAGAUUCUCCGGUUAGGAAAGAACUUCUUGACUACCUGGACGACUGGGUAUAUGGCCUAUGAUGAUCAUCAGUGGGCACUCCUGCCACUGCUCCGGGCUUCUAUGCUGGUUUAUAUCCUUCUCUGCGCCACGAUGUUUGUUCGAUUCCGGUAUAGGGUCAUUGUAUACAUCGGGAUGAUCCUAUAUUUCCAUCAGGAUAAUGCAAAGAACACAGAAACAUUCCAAAUGCAAGCAAUAUACGGCGCCUUUCUCAGCGAUCUCUCUUACAACACAGCCCUCAAAGACUGGAUCGAAGCCCACCGAUACACUCGCAAAAUGCUCACUAUACCAAUGACAAUAGCAGGACUAUUUAUUGCCUCGUAUCCAGGCGAGCAUCCAGAAUGGGCAGAGUGGUCCAAUAGCAUGUUCAAUCUAGCACGCCACAUCUUCCCACCGGACGUAAAUAUCGGAAAACGCUACACAGCAGUCGGAGUUGACCUUAUCAUUCUCGCAAUCUUUCUCUCGCCCUCAACAAAGGACUUCCUCUCCAACCGACUUUUACUCUGGCUCGGAAAACAGAGUUUCGCCGUCUACCUCAUCCAUGGCACAAUGCUGCGAGUCGUCUUGUGCUGGAUGCUGUACGGCAUCUCCGGCCAACCUUGGGAAGGAGGCGAGGCAAAGACAGACGAUCAACGCCAGUGGCUUCCUCUGCGCCCUCCGUGGGUCGUUGCUAUUUGUAUCCCUAUAUGGAUCGGGAUUGUAUAUGCUUGUGCCACGGCUUGGACUGCUUAUGUUGAUAGGUUCUGUGCAAAGAUGACGGCGAAGCUUGAGCGGACUAUGUUUAUUGAAGAUGAGAAAGCUUCGUUGCCCAUGCCUGCUGUUUCGAUUCCUAUGCACAUGCAGAGUUCUUAA